AUGUUUCAGCUUUAUUGCAUAUUACUUGCGGUAUUAGCAUUCAUCUACGGAGACUUAUGCGCUUCAAUCAACCAAUUGCAGAAUUUCUUUUGUUCUCAAGGAGUCGACAGUGGUUUCCGAGUACCUAGUGCUCUUGUUGCUGCUGCUGUUGAUUCUCUUGAACCUGAAAUUUUGGACCAGCGGAACAGCUUGACGGCGCCAUCCUCUGCCUUUGCCAAACCUGGUUUGGUCUUGCUGGCAGCCCUGGCGCUUGCUGUUUGCUGGAAAUCUGGAAUGUUUGGACCGAAAGGUCAUGAAUUGGAUGAAUGUCUGGAAAGCGAAAGAAUGAAUGCGAGCGAUAGUGAGGAUGACAUGGAAACUGAUUUGAGUGAUAGUGAGGAUGACAUGGAAAUAGAUUUGAGCGAUAGUGAGGAUGGCAUGGAAACUGAUAUAAGCGAAAGUUUGAAUGAUCUGGAAACUGAUUUGAGCGAUAGUGAGGAUGAUAGUGAUACCGAUAUGAGCGAGAGUGAGAAUGAACUAGAAGCUGAUGCGAGUGAAGUGUCUAGAUUGGAUGAUAGUCUAGACAUGGAAGACCUCGAAGAUACUGAGGAAAAACAGGAAAGAGAUAUGCUCGAAGUAUCUAGACUGGAAGAUAGUCUAGAUAUGGAAGAUCUGGAAGUGCCUAGCCUGGAAGAGAGUCCCCCCGACAUGGAAGAACCAGAGAUCCCUGAUCAAGAAGAGUCAGAUGUAGAAAAACAGAGCUUAGCAGAAGCUCUGGAAAGGAGUCAAGUUUGUGGAAAUAAAAUGGAACAUCUCUGGAAGGAAGCACAGGAGGAGAUUGUGCGGCUUCAGAACCAACUUGUGGACCAAGACAAGUUGCUGGAAAAGAGCGCACAGGAGGAAGCAGGACUGAAGAGAGAAAUCGAGAACGUCUACCUUGAAAAGGAACAUGGUCUAACUGAAAAGCGGCGCCUAGAAGGACAUUUGGAACUGGCUAUAGAUCGAGGAGAGAGGAUAGCAAACUUAAAUAAAGAACUGAAGGAGAAAACAGAGUCUCUAGAGAGCCAGUUAGAGGCAAAAGACGUUUUGCUAAAGAAAAGGGACGAAGAGGAGAGAGAAAAGCAAAAUCUCUUCCAACAGGCUUUGGUCGAAAAGGAAGGAGAACUGGAGAGCGCCAUAAAGAAAAAAACUGAGCUGGGCCUCAAAUUGAAACAAAUAGAAACUUCCAAUCAAAAGCUUGCUUCGGAGAAAGAAUAUUUCGAGUGGCUGAUAGAAGGCUACAAGGAUGCCGUAUCCCAGAAGAAGAAGGAAGUUGACCACAUACAAGAAGUACUCGGACGUAAAGCAACAGAGGCUGAGAAGGACCGAGAAACACUUGAGGUCAUUAAAUCAGAAAACGCGAGACUCAGGGAGCUGACAACUGACCUUCAAGACAGAAAUUGUGAAUUUGAGAAGAACCUAGUAGACGAGACCCAGAAAAACUUGAUAUUAACGGACAAAGUUCAGUUGCUAGAAUUACUUUUAGGCCAAAAAGAAUCUCAGCUGGUUUCGGCAACAGAAAUUCUGACUGCAGAAAGAGCGAACACUGAGAUUUUGGCCGCAGAACUAAAAAAGAUGAAGAACUGGGUCUCAGGACUAGGAGGAGAGAAUGCAAAGUAUAAAGAACAGUUGGAGGAAAAAGAAGUUGAAGUGACUAAAGUGAAGAAAGAGUUAGAUAAUGGAAAGAUAACCAUCCAAACUCUGGCUGAAGAAGCCCAGGUUAUGAAGAACUGGGUUGCCGAGUUAGGAGGAGAGAACGCCAGGCUUCAGGAAGAGGUUGACGAAAACCAACUGCAAAUAAAUUCUCUUAAGAAAUCUUUAAUGAGGGAGAAACAGAGGAACCGAGUUCUACAGGAUGCUCUCCAUCAUGAGAAGGAGAUGGAAAACUUGUUGAAGGAAGAAAAGAGGAGGGGAAAUGAGAUGGAAACUUCCCUCAGAACAUUAGAAGUAGAAUUCCAUAAUAGGGACCUCCAAAGAGAAAACUUCUUAAACACAGAAAGAAAAUUGAGAUGUGAAAUACAAGAUCUAGUAGAGAAACUAGCCAUCACUCUCAAUCACGGGAAGGAACUGGACAGCUUGCUGGAGGAGGCAAAAGACAAGGCGAGAAAACUUGCAAAAGAUUUCGAGGAAGAGGUCCAGAAAAGGGAGGCACAAAAACUAGAUUUCUUGGGCAAAGAACAAAAACUCAAAGGAAAAAUGCUAACGUUGGAAAGCAGAUUGAAAAAUGCUGAAAAUCUUCUGAUGAAAGAGGAGAGGGAAAAUUUACACUUGCAGCAAAGGUUACAGGAAAAGGACAAAGAAGUAGAGACGCUGAGGAAAGAUGAGGAGGACCAUCAAGAACAAAUGAAGGAGAUGGAGGACAAACUGCAAAAUCUCUCCAAGGAGAGAAACAGUCUGAUCGAAGCAGUCGAAAAACAGUCGAGGGAAUGCCACCUUUUAAUUGCAGAGAAGGAGAGAGAGAAGAGUGAAAUUAGACUGUAUUAUCAGGAGAGAUUGGAUCAGAAGGACAGCGAAAUGAAGAAGCUGCAGGAAGAAUGUGAUAAAUUGAAAGAAAAUUGGAGGAUACAGGAAGAAAAUAUGAUCAGGGAACACCAACGUCUCAUGGAGCGUCAAAGAAGACAGGAGGAGGCUCUGAGGGAUCAAGAUAAAUACAUGUUAAUGACGCUUCUCCAUGGCACAGCUCAGAGAAACUUCCAUCUGCAACACAUUGCACUGCAGCAUGGAAUUGAACAGGAGCAGCAAGAUGGAGGGCAAGCAGAAGACCUGUGGAUGAGAAGGGAGAAACAAUACAGGAAAUACUGCGAUGCCCAGAGUGACAGGAGCAACUACGGGAAGCAGUGGGAGGUCCUUACUCAGACGUUGACGGACCUCAUUCAUGAAGAAGAAAGAAUCCCGCAAACAACGAACGGGGAUUCUAACGAGAACUGUGAAAUUUUCGAUGAAAACUCAGAUGACAAAAUGUGUCAUCAAAGCAACAACAAGAUAGAGCCCCAAAGAGCCGAUACUCAUGAGGAAAAUGUGGGGGGGCCCCCCACCCCCGAAGGUGUUCAUAGUGGUUCCUCUUAUGUUGCUUUGGGUGCGGGUUCAGCCCCACAGUCAUCAAGCCAUUCUGUGGCCCAUUUGUGCUUGCCUUUUUGUCUCAGUCAGGACGAGCAAGAACAACGGAAGGCGAUGGAGAGCAACCUACAAAAUCUCUCCUGGGAGAAAGUCAAAGAAAAGGAGAGUGGAGAACAAAUCAAUAAGGCUGAGGCAACUGGAUCCAUGGAACUGGAGAUAGAUGUCUCGAGGACCAAGUCAGAGACGCCAGUUCAGAAGAGAGGCAAAAAGUGGCUAAUCUUGAUGCCUUGCCAUCUACAGCAGGAAGGGUGGGUGACCCGUGACACCCCCCACCCCGAGAAAAAGGCUUUCAGAAGAGAGUCACAGAUUGACCUGACGACCAUGAAGCAGAGUGCACAUCUUCAGCAGCCUGAGGAUCACAUGAUUUCCCCCACACUUUCGAAAUCCCCCCUCCCCCCGGGGGGGCACCCCCGAAGGUGUUCAUAG